GACGCAUGAGACUGACUCUGGGCGAGGAAGUGCUUUUAAGAGACAAAAGAAAUCAUCCAAAACAAUCCCGUGGACGGCUUUUUAAAACAGGAACUUAUUAUAUGACAGCUAUCCCGAGGAAGACUAUUCAUCCAGAGAUUUACAGGCGUUAAUUUUCCACUACUGGGAUUCUACCUUUAUCAUACUUUUUGUGUAAUCUCUGCAUAUUUCCCCUUCGAUUGUUGUCUUUAUCGCAAAACAUGAUGCGCUAGCGCAAUCGGAGGAUGUCUGACUCGUCCAGAGAGCAAACGCUGGCCAAUGGCCCGGCCUCGCAGGGAAGCGGAGAGAGCACCGGUGGCGGAGCGAUGUUGCCCGCCGGGCACUUUGACUUCCCUCAGCCGGGCGAAGGGGACCCGUUAAGGGGAGGGAUAUCCAUGUCGAAUAACCAGUCGAGGUCACCGAUGAACCGGACUUUCUCCAGGUCCUCUAGUGGCUAUUUUUCCGUCGACAGCGAUUCUGUGCCAGGUUCCCCGCUAAUGCCCAAUAUUUCCGAAGCGCAAGACGGCCAAAAUGAUGAGGUAUGGUUUCCAGAACAUAGCCACCAGCACGUGCAGAUGGCACCACCAGUCGCAGCCCUGCCGCCGGAGAUGUUGGUCGCUCGCGAACUGCGGCGCAUUGGAGACGAGUUCUACCGGCUGUACUGUGCCGGUGCAGGCGGGAACCAGCUGCGUGCUCUCAACGAACACGCCAUCGUCCUGUGGAUGAACGACAUUAUCGGACGCCUAGUACAAUUUUUCCUGCGAAGAAGAUGAUUUUCGCAUAGCACCCAGCAGACGCGUAGCAGACAUGUAGCAUCAGACAUCACCCUCUUUCUGGGCUGUAUAUAUAUAUAAAUACAUACGUAUGUACAUAAUAAGGGAAAACAGCAGUGCUGCUCUUCCGCGACCUCUCUCCGGGUUUCGGUGUACAGUUUUUGGACCUGUCGGGAUGUGUGCAGAUCUGGACGGAUUUAUAUAAACAUCGGGAACCCUCGGCCAUCCAUAGACUAAAACUCACAGCAGAGUUUCCUGCGUUCACAUGGAAAGCUGAGCCAUUAGAUGCUGUGUUGACAUGAAUUCAACCUGGUGUUUUUUUUUUUUAUUGCACCGUAUGUGGAGGAAGUGGAAAAACGUGCCUUCAUUGCUUGUUUGCCCUUGACACGUCUCUCUUUUUGUUGACUUUAGCCUGUCUCUUUGUUUCUUUAUUGCUUUUGUAUUUAUUUUUACUGUAUUUAAUUUGUACAUUUUGUGAAUAAUUUGAUGAACGUUAGUGGACGUUAGUCGGUCAAGCGAUGGUUUUGGUUCUGCCUGUUUCUCGUGUCCUAGUUUGCACUUGCGUUUGGUUUGCGUUUAUAUAAAUCAGAUUAGAAAGGAUAACCCUAUAGCAGAAAGUGAAUAAUCGGACUAAAAGCAUAAACAGAGAUUGAUCUAUUUGAGUUACGCAUGAAUUAUCUUCAUUUGAAUCCGGAUAAUUUAAGGCCUUUUCACAUGACUGCUGUCAGCAUUUCGAAAUAUGCUGAACUCUAUGAAGGACCAAGUUACUCAGGUAACCAUUGGUACACUGAUUACAUGAUAUGAUGUUCACUCUGUAGUUCAUACUAAUUUGCUGAAAGGCAGACAUUAGUAUGGAAGCACUAGUAUUUCUAUUAUUUGCAAGAAACGUUGCACUAGAAUUAAACAGAAAAUGAACAAAAAAAAAAAAAAAAGAAAAAAGAUUUAUUCCCAACUUUAGGGGCCGUUCCAGCCAGAUCUCACGAGAAAACGUUACUAUUUUACGUUUCGUCAGUUUAGUGGCUAGUUUGUACGAAUUCAGUCGUACAAGUUCAGUCGUACGGAAAUAUACGAUUUUAAAAAGGAGGCGUGGCAGCAAACUCCACCCCCAAAUCUAACCAUCAUUAGGGGAUAAGCAAAUCGUACGAAAUUGUACGAAUGAGAUCGUAUGAUUAGCCACUAAAACAGUACAGUUAUGAAUUGCCGUGAGAUUGUGUUGGCCGUUCACACUCUACCCUUUUAUCCUAAUUGUUUUUUUACUUUUCUAAAUGUGCUAGAUGACGUUUGAGGUUUGUUAGAAGUUUAGUCUUCUAGAGCAUAUCUUGUGGUCUUAUGGUUUCCGCCCACAAUUUAUCGUUGCUUUGGAUUACAUAGACAAAAUGCAGUCAUUUCAAUAGGAAUCCUCUAAGAUGGGAAAACGUUUCCAAUAUAUUUCACUCUUGUUUAAGUUUAUCAUGUGAAUUUGCUGCUUUUACCAAUGCAAAGCUGUUCGGUUUGAAAACUACGACUGACUCUUUUGACAACGGAUCCUAUUUUUGCACAUAGAUUUUAACUGUUCGUUCAUUCAUUCGGCUUAGUCCCCUACUUAUCAGGGGUCACCACAGUGGAAUCAACCGGCAACUAUUCUGGCAUAUGUUUUAUACAGUGGAUGCCCUUCCAGAUUUUAACUGUUGAUGUCAAAUUCAAAUCUUAAAUGACUUCUUAACCCAUAAUAUUUAGUGCUGGAACAUUUGCGAACCUAUAUUUUAUACACAUUUUUCAGUUAUAGACUUAUUUUACAUUGGAGUUUGAGCGUGCAAAAUUGCGCAAAUCAAAUGGCGCUGCAAAAAUAAAGAGGAAUAAAACAUGAUGAUGCGACUUUCCUAAAACAAAUGAUUGCUCAAUAUUUGACAUUUCUAUACAGAGAGCUCACGUUUUGAUUUUCAAUUGGUCUCAUGCAUUCACAAGAUGCAAACUUGUAGGUCAAAGUUCACCAAGCUCGUACUUUAAAACCCAGUGACAUGUGAAACUUGUCAUACAAUCGCACAUUUCCGGUCUGGCGCUUUUGCUUGUGUAUUAAUGGAAGUCUAUGAGGUGAAAAGUGCAGUGUGAGAGUGUAUUUAUUCAUGAUACAGCAUUCUAAAAACAACAUUUAGGUUAAAAGUUGAAUAAUUAAAAUACAUUUUGAGGCAUUGCAUUUUUUCUAAUGUUUUCUAAUGAAAAAAAAAUAUUCUAUGCAAAAUUCCAUAAACAAAAUCCUUAAUUUCAAUAGGAAUCUAAGCAAAUGGGAGUUUUAAUUCAGUAAAGGCACAGUUUACCCGAAACAUGUUCUUACUUUCAAGUGAUUUCAAACCUUUAUAGGUUAAUUUUCGUUGAAGACAAUUUAAGAUAUUUGGAGAAAUAUUGUAAACCAGCAACCACUGACUUCCAUAGUAAGAAAAAAUACUAUGAAAGUCAACGGCUACCAGUUUCCAACAUUCAUCAAAUUAUUAUCUGUUCUGUUCAACAGAAGAUAGAAACUCAAACAGGUUCCAAACAAGUGAAGGAUGAGUAAAUGAUGACAGAACUGUCCUUUUUGGUCGAACUAUCCCUUUAAGGGCCAAAUAAUUUGAAAUUGUUACACAAAUUAGUUGAUUUUAACUAUUUUAACUUUGUUUUAAAAGGUCUGAGCAACACUUUUAAGAAUUGACCUUAUUUCUGCUCACAAAAUGUAACCAUUGCCUGUUGAGCUUAUUAUGUAUGUGGCCGCUUGUCGAAACUACCCAUCUCAUUCACUUCCAUUGAUUUUUAGCCAUGCAUACAAGCUUGUUAUGCUGGUUGCUGUUGCAAACUGGUAUUUUCAUAGUCUAUUAUUUUAAUUGUAAAGUAGUUUACUUUGCUGCCAUUUGUGGUAUUCCUGGUCAUUUAACAUUAGCAAAUCAAUCAGAAGCCCAGAUACAAUCACAAAACUACCCUGCAUUGCAAAAUAAAGGGAAUAACGUCAUCCAAAUUUCAGAUAAUUUCUCAAACCCAAACAUUUAAAGCAGUACGUUUUUGAUAACCUACAUUUGUGUGUCAUUUGUUUCCGGUUGCAUACUAACAUACACAUUUUAGUUGUUUUUUUUUACUAAGCAAGCUGAGAAACUCACUUGUGCUCGUAGCCGUUCUGAUAGAACACGUUUCAUUUGAAGGUCAAAGAUUUGCAUUUGUGACGAAAGUCAUGUGAAAAGGUCUCAUGAAGCUUUCAGGUACUAGAUGAACAGUAUAUGAACUCGUAUGCGAUACUUUACAGUAGUCAAAAAUUGAAUUGGACAGGAAAAGGUAGUGAGUAUGUGUAACUUAUAUGGACGUAUUGUUUUUUUUAGACAUCAUAAACAUUCCACGUUUGGUAUUCCGGUUUAUUAAAUGUUCUUAUUUGUUUGUUUAUUAGAGUUAAAUGUCCAUAUGUGUUUCAAAAAUAUGCGCUUAUGCCUAGUUUUGUGAAUUUAGACUGUAAACAACGAUUAGUUGAAUUUACUUUUUUUAAAAGAGAGUAAAAUUGUUGCCUUUAAAGCAAUUGGUUGACUUAAGUGAGCAUAACUGUUGCUUUUAAGCAACUUUACUUGACUUUACUUUAAAAAAUGAGCAAACCUGCGCUCAGGUGAUUAGUUGACUUUACUUAAGUGAGUAAACUUGUUGCCAUUGAAACAAUUAGUUGACUUUACUUUUAAUAAGUGAGUAAACCCAUUGCUUUUAAGCGAUUAGUUGACUACUGAAAAAAGAAAAUAAAUCUGUUGCUUUUGGAGCUAUUAGUUGACUUUAGAAAAUGAGUAAAUUGUUGCCUUUAAAAGCAAUUAGUUUACUUUAAAAAUGGUUGCUUUAAACCAAUUAGUUGACUUACACAAAUGAGUAUAACUGCUGCUUUUAAGCGAUUACUUGACUUUAUUUUAAGUGAGAAAACCCAUUGCUUUCAAAGCGAUAAGUUGACUUAAAAAAGUCAAUAAACCAAUAUUAUUAAACCCAUUUAAGCGAUUAGUUGACUUCACUUUUAAAUCAACAGGUUUACUCUUUUUUUUAAAAAAGUAAAGUCAACUAAUCGCAUUAAAAAGGUUAGUAAACUUGUUGCCAUCAAAUCGAACAGUUAACUUUACUGUAUAUAAAAAAUAAAAACAUUUUUAAAAACCCGUUGCUUUUAAUCGUUUAGUUGAAUUUACAAAAAGCGGGUAAACCAUUGCUUUCAAAGUGAUUAGUUGACUUUACUUUAAAAUCAAUAAGUUUACUCUUGUAAAAAAAACAAAAAAAAAAAAUAAAUUUAACUAACUGCUUUAAAGCAAUGGGUUUACUCUUUUUUUAAGCAAUUAGUUGACUUUACUCUUGAAAAGCAAGUAAACUCGAUUUUAAGUGAUUAGCUAACUUUACCUUAAGUGAGUAAACGUGUUGCCUUCAAAGCGAUUAGUUGACUUUACUUUUGAAAAGCAAGUAAAGCCGUUGAUUUUAAGUGAUUAGUUCACUUUACUUUUAAAAAGUGAGUAAACUCAUUGCUUUCAAAGCGAUUAGUUGACUUUAAAAAUGUGAGUAAAUCCAUUGCUUUUAGGUGAUUAGUUGACUUCACUUUAAAAUCAAUGGGUUUACUUUUUUUUCAACUAAAUUCAACUAAUGGCUUUAAAGCAAUGGGUUCACUCUCUCUUUUUUAAAGCGAUCUAAAGUUUUUAGUUGACUUUACUUGAAAAAAGUUAGUAAACUUGUUGCUUUUAAAUCAUUUAGUUGACUUCACUGUAAAAAAUGAGUAAACCCAUUGCUUUUUUGCGAUUAGUUGACUUUACUGAAAGGAAGUCUGGGAACUUAUUGCCUUCAAAACGAUUAGUUGACUUUACUUUAAAAAAGUGAGUAAACCCAUUGAAUUUAAGCGAUCAGUUGCCUUUAAAAAUGUAAGUAAAUCCACUGCUUUUAAGCAAUUAAUUGACUUUGCUUUAAAAUCAAUGGGUUUACUCUUUAAAAAUAUAAAUAAAUAAGUACAAGCGGGAACAAGUACACUCACUUUUUUUAAAAGCGAUUAAUUGACUUAAACGUGUUGCUUUUAAUGCGAUUAGUUGACUUUACUUUGAAAUCAACGAGUUUAUUCACUUUUUUAAAGUAAAUUCAACUUAUCACUUAAAAGCAAUGGGUUCACUGACUUUUUUAAAGCGAUUGGUUGACUUUACUGUAAAAAGUGAGUAAAUACAUUUUUUGUAAUUGCUUUUAAGUAAUUAGUUGAUCUUAGUGAGUAAAACCAAUGCCUUAAAAGUACAAUUAAAUGAACUGUGUGCGUAAUUAUAAAAAUUGAGCCUACUUAAGUAGUAAGAAGUCAACUAAUGGCUUUUUACAGUGUAGUUUAGGUCAAGGGGUUUGGUUAGUCGACGUUGCAAAUAGCCUUCUCCCAAAGCAAUCCUACAUGCAGAAAAACCUCCAUUAAAGUGCCUUGCUCAAAGAUACAGCGCCGAUCGAGCAGGAUUUUACUUGCAGAAACUCUGGUUUCUGGUUGCACCAAACUUGGGAAUGAAUUUGCAACCUGACUAGUUGUGCACACAUUACAACCACUGUUCAACAGCUUCAUCCAGCCUCAGGGACUAAGGGAAAUACACCUGUGUCAAUUUUUCUUGAACAAACCAGUCUUCUUGUCUUUUACUUUCCCUCCUUCGCCUUUUAUUACCGUUCUCCCAGUAUUGCAGUAAUCAAUGCACAAGGCUCAGAAUGAGUCGUCAAGUAUGUUGGUAUAAUAAUGAUGUGUUUUUAUAAAUGCAAAGAUUAAACUGAUGUAUUGACUACCUACUUUGAAAGGUAUUGCUGAAAGUUGAAGAAACCUGUCGGUUAGACAUUCCACAUGUGGAAAAUGCACGGCCCUGUGUUUUCAUGUUUGUUUUUGUUUCUCUUUGCCAAAAUGACAAUGUUUAGCUUGUCUGCCGUUCCAGGUUUACCAUUUAAACCAAAGACCUCAUCUUUUCAUUGCUGUGGGCACCGUAAAUAUAUAUAUUGUGUCAUGCUCUUUGUGUUCAUUCUAGCAGUUCCCGUUCUCCAGCCUUUUUUAUAUUCCAGAACAAACUUUAGUUUUCGUUUUCUGAGGGAAAUCUCUGAAUUUCAGGCCAACCUGUGUGUUUCUCACUGGACCUCAGACUGAGUGUUUUCAGUCCUGUUGCACUGAACUAACUCCCGCAUCACCCGAUCUGACGCCACCCAGGACCCAGUAAAUGUGUAGCAAGAUGACAAUGUUUUUGUUUUGUUAAAUACAUCUUUUUUUGUAUUUUGCACUGAACCAUUCUGUGCUAAUUUGUGCAAUACUGCUGUAAAUAAAGCCGCUUUUUUCAUCUUUCUAAA